UGACAUGAACACUCCCAGUAAAAUGGUGCCUAUUCCGAUGGCUAAGAUGAAGAAUUGUUCGCAGAUUCACCGUCAUUGCAUCAUUGAAGUCUGCAGCUUGCAGCUCUGGGAAUAGCAAUACCGGACCCACAAUGGAUCUCGAGAGCCUUCAAUUCGACUUUGGAUGCAUCUGGGCCUUCCUUAUUGCCAUCCUAUCCUGCUCCCCCUCCAUCCCAACAUCCACACUCACUAUUACCGCCCUCGCACUCGCCUACAUCGCGCUCACAAUCCCGUGGAUCCUCGAACUCCACCAAGACCUCAAAGCCACAAGCACAUACCUCGACGACGUAACGCGCGAGAAAAUCAGCCUUGCAAGGGUGGUGUCUGCCGCCGAACGCGAGAUCCGGGUCCUUGAAAACGACGAACACCUUGAUCGCCUCAGCAUCCGGCGAACUGAGAUACCAAUCUCACCGCCCACGUCACAGACGAAUUCGGUCGACAAAGACGAACCUAGAUGUGCCAGUGCGGCACAGACAUCGAUACAGGAAUGCCGCCAUUCUGGGAAUCGUAGCGGUGAGGUACUUCUGACCUGUGUGGCGCAGCAGCCAUACGGACACACUCAACUUGAUCCGUUUCCGUAUCGGGCUAAUGCAUCUCGUCCGCGCUCACUUCCAAUCUCGCACACCGAGAAAGUAGGGAGGUUACGAGAGCUACGAUAUGGCGCAGCAUUGCUUGAGCGAAAAGUAAAGUCUAUGCAAGAAAUUUAUGCGGUGGGGAGGUUUGGGAAGAAGGGCGCAAGCGUGAAGUCCGACUUUUCGGCGGACUCCGUCGGACUCGAACAACGGGAUGAUGAUGUGAAGAUUCAGGCAGCAGCUACAGAAAUGAAGUGCAAGCAGAGAGUAUUGAAUAUUAUUGAGCAGGGAUUUCAGAUCUGUAGGGAGCAUGGAUGGUUUGUGCCUGGUGUUGAGAUACGGAUAGUUGAGAAGAUGAGGAUAUUGCCUCUAAGGCAAAAGGAAAAGCCUGCAAGUUGGAAUGAUGAAAGCACCAAUUCGACGGCUUUCGAUCAUGGAGAAACAUGUUAAAGUUUUGUUUUGAC